GACUUCUGUUGUAGCUAUUGAUUUGAGUUUCAUAUCUAAACUAUUAAGUGUACGUGAGUUUUUUAACUGAACUAUCACUAACUAUUUAACAAAACACGUCCAAAUUAUUGAUUUUUCACUUUUCAUACCUGAAAAGUUCAGGUAUGAAACUCAAAUCAUUAAUAGUUCAGACGUAUUUGAUAAAUAGAUAGUGAUAAAUCAUUAGAAAACUCACGAGGACUUAAUAGUUUAGAUAUAUAGCUCAAAAAAUAAAAAUAUUUUAGACGUAUUUUCCACCGUAAAUUAAGAAAAGAAAAAGAAGCCUAAAGGACCAAAAUGGCAUUUGAGGUAAUAUUUCCCAACUAGAAGGUCAAUUAAUUUAACUUCAGUUGGGGUUUUGUCGACAUUAUAGGCUUAUAUAUAUAUAUAUAUAUGAGUAAUAUAUAUAUAUGUACUUAGCUCCGUUGAUCUCUCUCUACCAGUCACUUUGUAUAAUCCAAGUGUAUACACAGUGUAUCACACCGAAUACCGCAACCGAUAUACUCGAGGUGAAAAUUUGCAAACAGUGCAUCAUCCAUCAUCAACAACAAUGGCAAUGAAACUCAAUGCUCUGGCAUUUCAAUCUCACAAAAUGCUGCCAUCAUUUCCUCCUUCUACUUCUUCAAUUAGAUCUCCUAGAGUUUUCAUGGCUUCUACUCUUCAUCCACCUUCUAUGGAAGUUGGAAAUGCGAAGAAACCAUUCACUCCUCCACGAGAGGUGCAUGUUCAAGUGACUCAUUCCAUGCCACCAGAAAAGAUUGAAAUUUUCGAUUCUCUGCGUGAUUGGGCUACACAGAAUCUCUUGGUGAACUUAAAGCCUGUCGAGAAAUGUUGGCAGGCUUCUGACUUUCUUCCUGAUCCUGCUUCCGAGGGAUUUGAUGAGCAGGUCAAGGAACUAAGGGAAAGGUGUAAGGAAAUUCCUGAUGACUACUUUGUCGUAUUAAUUGGAGAUAUGAUCACGGAGGAGGCCCUUCCAACUUAUCAAACCAUGAUAAACACUCUCGACGGUGUUCGUGAUGAAACUGGUGCCAGCCUCACUCCCUGGGCUAUAUGGACUCGAGCAUGGACAGCUGAGGAAAAUAGGCAUGGUGAUCUUCUCAACAAAUAUCUUUAUCUUUCUGGAAGAGUUGAUAUGAAGCAAAUCGAAAAGACAAUCCAGUACCUAAUUGGUUCUGGGAUGGAUCCUCGCACGGAAAACAACCCCUAUCUAGGUUUCAUCUACACUUCUUUUCAAGAAAGGGCUACCUUCAUUUCACAUGGAAAUACAGCUAGGCUCGCCAAGGAGCAUGGGGAUAUGAAACUAGCACAAAUAUGUGGUUCAAUUGCUGCAGACGAGAAGCGCCAUGAAACUGCAUAUACCAAGAUCGUUGAGAAGCUACUCGAGGUAGACCCUGAUGGUGCCAUAUUGGCUAUUGGUGACAUGAUGAGGAAAAAAAUCUCAAUGCCUGCUCAUCUGAUGUAUGAUGGCGGGGAUGACAACCUCUUCGAACACUUCUCUGCAGUAGCUCAACGUCUUGGCGUAUACACAGCCAAGGACUAUGCAGAUAUUCUCGAAUUCUUGGUGGGGAGAUGGGAAGUGGAAAAAUUGACCGGUCUUUCCAGUGAAGGACGCAGAGCACAAGAUUAUGUAUGUGGACUGGCUCCGCGGAUUAGGAAAUUGGAGGAGAGAGCACAGGCAAGGGCCAAGGAGCGAAGUCCCGUUCCUUUCAGCUGGAUUUUUGGUAAAGAGAUUAAGAUAUGAAUGCACUUGUGUUGGAUGGCAAUGUCAUGUUAGUUUUCUGAUCACCAAAUUUGCCUGUUUUAUGUUAAGAAACUUUGUGGGUAAGGUAUGAAGUCUGUGCAGGGAGUUAAAGCGUCUUGGUUUUUCUUUUUGCUAUUGUGUUUAGGCCAUAGGGAAAAACAUAGUUAUUAGCAAUAAAGAUGAACCUUUUAGUA